AUGACCAUCCUCUCGCCUUCCUUGAUCCUUCUUACCUAUCGGGCCGAGAACGAAUCUUUCGUCCUGGAUAAUAGCUCCGGCGUGCAUCUCAAAAUCGACGAGUAUAAGGAGUAUGUGAAUACCCAUUCCGAUACCAUUUCGCACUUACACUCCAAUGUGCUGGAGAGCGCGACUGAGAAGAUCCAAAAUGACUUCAGCGCAUAG